CUUGGCGCGGGCAGGUCCCCCUGCUGCCCGGUCCCAUUUGUUGCCGAGUCCUGCUCGGAGCGGCGGCGGCGAGCGGAGCUCCGGGGAGCCCGGCGGGGCAGCCUCACAGCCACGACGGAGCAGCCGCGGGACUGGCCGCCCCGCGCCCCCUUCGCCGCCGUGCCCUUCCCCGGCGCGCUCACCCCGUUCUCAGGAUGGGAUUGUAGCGGCGGCGCGGACUCCGCGGGGAUCGCGGCGGAGGAGGCGGCGGCGGCGGCCGAUCGGGGCUCCAUGUUUUCCCCCGGCCAGGAGGAGCACUGCGCCCCCAAUAAGGAGCCUGUGAAAUAUGGGGAGCUGGUAGUACUAGGGUACAAUGGUGCUUUACCUAAUGGAGACCGCGGCCGGAGGAAAAGCAGAUUUGCUCUCUAUAAGCGGCCAAAGGCUAAUGGAGUCAAACCCAGCACGGUCCAUGUGAUAUCCACGCCACAAGCGUCCAAGGCUAUCAGCUGCAAAGGUCAACACAGUAUAUCGUAUACUCUGUCAAGGAAUCAGACUGUGGUGGUGGAAUACACACAUGAUAAAGAUACGGAUAUGUUUCAGGUGGGCAGAUCAACAGAAAGCCCUAUCGACUUCGUUGUUACAGACACAAUUUCGGGCAGUCAGAACAAUGAUGAGGCCCAGAUUACACAAAGCACCAUAUCCAGGUUUGCCUGCAGGAUCGUCUGCGACAGGAGCGAACCUUACACAGCACGGAUAUUCGCAGCCGGAUUCGACUCUUCCAAAAACAUAUUUCUUGGAGAAAAGGCAGCAAAAUGGAAAAACCCCGAUGGCCACAUGGACGGGCUCACUACAAAUGGCGUCCUGGUGAUGCAUCCACGAGGGGGCUUCACUGAGGAGUCCCAGCCUGGGGUCUGGCGUGAGAUCUCUGUAUGUGGAGAUGUGUACACCUUGCGAGAAACCAGGUCGGCCCAGCAGAGGGGAAAGCUGGUGGAGAGUGAGACCAACGUCCUGCAGGACGGCUCCCUCAUUGACCUGUGUGGGGCCACCCUUCUCUGGAGAACAGCAGACGGCCUUUUCCAUACUCCAACGCAGAAACACAUCGAGGCGCUCCGGCAGGAGAUCAAUGCCGCCCGGCCGCAGUGUCCCGUGGGGCUCAACACCUUGGCCUUCCCCAGCAUCAACAGGAAGGAGGUGGUGGAGGAGAAGCAGCCCUGGGCAUACCUCAGCUGCGGCCACGUGCAUGGGUACCACAACUGGGGCCACCGGAGCGACACAGAGGCCAAUGAGAGAGAGUGUCCCAUGUGCAGGACUGUGGGCCCCUACGUGCCUCUCUGGCUCGGCUGCGAGGCAGGGUUUUAUGUAGACGCAGGACCACCAACUCAUGCUUUCACCCCUUGUGGACACGUGUGCUCAGAAAAGUCUGCGAAAUACUGGUCUCAGAUUCCGUUGCCUCAUGGAACUCACGCAUUUCACGCUGCCUGCCCUUUCUGUGCUACCCAGCUGGUUGGGGAACAGAACUGCAUCAAAUUAAUUUUCCAAGGUCCAGUUGACUGAUGCCCUUGACAGCCAUCUACGACUUUAUUAACAAGUUACUGUGAAGAUUUUGCCACUAACUCUAGAUUUUACCUUUUUAUAAUGCUGUUUAUUAAGGGGAGGGGGGGCUGAGGCUGGUGGGGGGGGAAGGGGGGGGACAUGGCGACGAGACAUGCCAGGAAUUUAAGGCAUCGGGUGUGUUGCAUGCUCAAAAAAGCGGCAUCGUCAUUGAAGCCUGCUUGAUGAAACCAUAAUCUUUGUCAUAAUUGGAUUUAAAAUGCCAUGCUUUUAUUUGAACCUUGGGUUUUCAAACAAUGUUUUCCUUUGUAAACUUGGAUGAGACUUUAAAAUCCUAUUUUACAAAUGUAGAAGAAAUUUAUUCAGAAGUUGGCUCUAAAUGGGUGACCUUCCAUGCUGCGUGGUGUAGGUGUGAACGGAAAGACAUGCAGGGCCUGGGAGUACUUGAUACAGGCUAGAAUCUGACCAGCUCCCACUGCGGUGGCGGUGGUGGUGGGGAGAUGUUAGGCACAGGUGGCGGUUUUGAAAUCCGGGGUUUUCAGAUUUUUCUUUUUUUUGGGAAAAGAAUAUUCAUAUACUGUCGUGUGUUUUUGUUUUUAGUUGGGUGGAAUUCGAUGACUUUACUCAGUCAUCAAAUACCUUGGCAUUUCAAAGACAUUUCCAUAACUUUUUAGUCUGCCUUUUGUUCUGUUUAAGAUGGUCUGUCCCUGAUUGGCCACAACCGUUGGGUUGAUUAAAAUGCAGCAACUCUUAAAAAUUCAUUAACUAAGGGUGAUUAUUAAUUGCAGCAGUCAGCAUGGCCUGGGUACUAUACCAUCAAGUUCCUUUGCUUACUGAAUUGCUCAAGAUUUAUGAGUGAUUAAAAAUAAGAUUUUACUUUUUAAAACCACUUGUUGGGGUUUCCUAAGGUGUUUUUUUUUUUUUUUCCGUCCUUAAAAAGGCCAAACUUCUGAGAGCCUAAAAGCAACGUAUCACCACGAUUCAGUGGCUUUUGUUCACUCCCUCACUGCCAUCUGUCACCUUCUCUUGCAGCUUAUGGAGCCCUGUAAGUUUUGAAAAUGUUUGCAAAUCAAACCAAAUUUAAAUGUGAUCAUUAGAUAUAUACAACACCAAGCAGUACAUCUGCAGGGAUAAUUUGGAAUUCCAGAUUUCAAGAGAGCAAAUGAGUGUUUACUGAGGAAUAAUUAAAUCAGAAUUUCACAUGAGCACCACCAACCCUUCUGUUAGCUCCAUUUCAUUUUGAAUAAUUCUCAGAUACUCAUUCUCUGUCCUCAGUACCUACGGUAUCCCUGCUACCAGAACGUAAAGGUUCUUGAGGACAGGCGACGGAUUGCCACAGCUGGCUGACGUGAAGUAGAUUCCUGCCGCACAGAGCAAGUAUUUAUUUAUACUAACAUCCUCUAAAAUUGACCAUUGCAGAUUCAUGCUACAUUUUAACCUUUCUAAAGGUAUAGAAUUUAUAGGCUUCUAAUAGACUGCAUUUACACUUGACCAUCUUUCCAUGUUUUGCCUCCUGGUAAAUAUGUUGCCCUGUUUUCAAUUGUUCUAACACAUCUUGAAUGUCUUUUUCCUUAAAGGGAUUACUGUUGAUUGCUACCGCUUAAUUUGACCUAGUAUCUAAAAAGUUCAGCUGCUCAGUUUUAAAAAAGCUUUACUUUUCAAUGGAGGUGAUUGUGUGGGAGGAGACAUUUUUGGUAAUUUUUAAGUGAUGCAAAAAUCCAACAACAGUCCUCUUACUGAUAGGGUAAGUCAUAAACUAUCUCCAGACAGCUGGAAUUGCCUAGAUUCAUGUGUCACAUGCCUUUUUCUUUAGCCUCAGA